UUAUCCUAAGGCUCUCUCUUCCUCUGCGUUUAUCACUUUCUCUAUCUCUCCCUCUCUCCCCUCUCUCCCCUUCGCACCUUUAUUCCACCUUUAUUAUUAUUAUUAUUAUUAUUUUUAAUAUUGUACAUACACAUCUUCAACCCUUGAAACUGCCCUUUUGAAAUUCAAACUCCAAUCUCUGAUAUCUCACCGGAAUCAAACACCCAUUUGAGCCAAAUUUGCUUGGAUCAAAGACCCCAUUUAGAAAAACAAAAGAAAAUGGAGAACAAUCAGCAAGCGCAGUCCUCAUCGUACCCACCUCAACCCCCAUUUCACCAUCUCCUACAACAACAGCAGCAGCAGCUCCAGAUGUUCUGGACUUAUCAACGGCAGGAGAUCGAACAGGUCAACGAUUUCAAGAACCACCAGCUUCCCCUGGCCCGCAUCAAGAAGAUCAUGAAGGCCGACGAGGACGUCCGCAUGAUCUCUGCCGAGGCCCCCAUCCUCUUCGCUAAGGCUUGUGAGCUCUUCAUUCUUGAGCUCACAAUCCGCUCUUGGCUUCACGCCGAGGAGAACAAGCGGCGAACCCUUCAGAAGAACGAUAUAGCCGCGGCCAUCACACGUACCGAUAUUUUCGAUUUCUUGGUCGAUAUUGUUCCCAGAGAUGAGAUCAAGGAUGAAGCCGGGUUGGGGCUCGUCGGGGGUGCCACUAGUGGGGUCCCCUACUAUUACCCUCCUAUGGGUCAGGCUGCCCCGGGUGUUAUGAUCGGACGCCCGGCGGUGCCGGGGAUCGACUACGUUCAGCCACCGUCACAGGCUUGGCAGUCGGUUUGGCAGACGGAGGAUGCUUCGUACGGUAGUGCAGGUGGCAGCACACAGGCUAAUUUGGACGGACAGGGGGGCAUGCCGGGCUUUGAUUGGAUGGCUGUUAGCUCAUUUAGCUGGGUGCCCAGAUCAGAUAAUGACGUUGAUGACUCUCUUGCUGGGGAAGGGGUUGAGAGAGAACCUUGUUUUGAGGGAUCCUAGCCCUGGGGACCAGCAGCAGCACUGCAUGGCACUUUGAAAUGUGGUAGAAUGCCUCUCUCAUAAACAUUGGCAAUCAGCUGAGCAGAACAUGGAUAUCAUUACAGGUGGAUGAAGCAACAUUUCUCUGAUAUAACCACCUCACGAGGUGUUGAGCAUUUUCUGAUGUGUGAUCUCUGUAAGACCUUUAAAAAGAUAUUUAACCUAUAAUGUUGUGUACUCGGAAAUUCAAAGCUUAUGAUCUUUGUUGCUUUGGUAUUCA